AUGAUCUGCAACUGCCCAGGUUUGGAUUCAAACGCAGCAUUUCAAUUCUUUGAUACUUCAAGCAAGUCUUGGAUUGACAUCUCAGGUAAGAUUGAUGGUGCAAGCCCAAGAUCUGGAUAUCAGUAUGUCAUGGCAAGUAGUGCAAGUUCACUUUACGUCAUAGGCUUGUACGAUAUCACAUGGUCACAGACAAACUCUAUUGAACUUUUUGAGCUCAACUUCUUGACGAUGAUGUGGACGAACUACACUGCAGAUAUGAAAGGAACAGUGCCUGGUGGCAUGCAAGGCGGUAGGUAUGUCGAAUUCUUCCAAGUCUGUGAAAGAAAGAUCUUGGCUGCUUCAUACUCUACUAUGAUGGCGUUUGACUUCGAUACUAUGAUAUGGGAGGACAUCUCGGGAGGGGUUGAAAGCAUCUUAUUACGCUUAAGGAAUCAAUAUCUAUCAUCUUAUCAAAUCAAAAGACUGUGGUCGUUCCAAGGCGAUUUCUACUGUUCGGUCUCGGUUCAAGAUUCAUCCUAUCUUCUGAUCAAUCGUAACUGUGGAGAAUCUGGAUGGGAGGAGUACCUGACAGUUGCCGACACGUACACUGAUCUGCAUGAUGUUAUCUUCACUGGUGUGGUGAAAUUCGAUGCAAGCUACAACGAGACCGAUCAACUCAUACUGUCUGAGUUGAAACCAACAACCAUAGAUCAAUACGUCAUUGAUGCAUGCGACGACGGCAACAUUUAUGUCUAUGACAUACAGAGCUCAGAUAUGUAUGUGAUCCGCGAAAGAGUCAAGGAUGUUGUGAAGUGGACCAACGCUGCAACUGCAGCUGCUAAUCUCAGAACCAGCAUCGUGCAUCUAGUUGCUUGGGAUAGAUUUGUUGCAUCAUAUGAUUCGGGAGAUCGCUCCAUCAACGUCUUCGACACCGCAAGCUUGAUAUGGUCCCCGAUCCACCCGGAAGGAUUGAGCAUAAGCAAUCUGUUCUCAUGGAAAGGCGACUUGUUUGGUGUGUUGUAUAGAACUACUUUGACCCAGGAAGAUGUUGAAAAUUCCGGUGUGUUUGCUUAUAACCUUUCCACGGGAGAAUGGAAGAAGUACGAUUCCUCGAUAGGAACUCCUGUAAAGUACUGGCAUUCCAUCGCUGCAACGGACAAAUAUAUGUAUCACUUUGGAGGACACAACAUAGAACUUGGUCUUGCAUACGAUUACUUUGAGAGUCACGUGAUGGACAAUUGGUUGUACCGCUUCGAUCUCGAGGAACGAACGUGGAGUAUCUUGUCAAAGACGCAAGAGAAUGCUCCCAGCCCGAGACUCUCUCCAGCAAUGAUGGUUGAAAACUCUAGAGUGUUUGUGUAUGGAGGAGUCACCAGUCUGUUUAUGGGCCUGUUCUUCGACGACCUCUAUAGCUUCGAUACCGAGACUUCGACCUGGACCAUGUGGUUUGAAGCCGACGAUCGUCCAGUCGCCUUGACGUUUGUCGGACAAGUCUUGUCGGCUGACAUGUACAAGAUCUUCGCCAUGUACUCGGUUUCGGACGUGAAAACCCUCACCUCUCGAGAGCUUCCGAAAGAAAGAGAAUCGUCAGGGUUAUUCAUGCAGGACCUUCUCACCUCAUACGACUGGAACACCCUCGUCGUCCCUCCUUGUUCGGCUCCUUCCGACUGCCUCAGCAUGCGAAGCUCUGUAGACCUGUGCUCCCGUGCGUGGAUGCCUUGCCAGCUUCACCUCAAAGCUUCCGCAUCUCCUCCAGCACAACCUGCUGCUCUCAUGCUGGUGGGCGACGCUCAUGUCUUCUGCGACGCGAGGGCAGGAUGUACAGGCAUCACAUUAGAAGGAGUUAACCUCAUGUGCACAGGCUCCCGCAAAGGAACCGAUGCAGCUCUGCGCAUGGUCGGGGUUGGAGCUCAUCUAGAGCUGACGAGAAGCUUGAUAGAGGGAUGCUCCAACCAAGACGAUGGUGGAAGCAUUCAGCUCUACGGAGGCUCCACGGGCUCGCUUACACGCAUACGUUUCUUGCAAUCCUCAAGCGCUGGAAGGGGAGGAGCGAUCAUGCUGCAGGGAUCCACCAUGAGCAUCAUCGGCUGCACCUUUGAAGACUGCAGAUCCACAGAUGGUGGAGGAGCUCUCUUUCUCAGGUCCCAGCCGGUCGACUACUUCCCAACUGUUAUGUCUCGGCCAGUUCUGCUGGUCGACUCAUCGCAAUUCUUGUCAAACUCGGCAGGACAUGGUGGAGCUUUGUUCUGCGAGAACGGCUCGUUUGUGACGAUCAGGAGAAGUCUCUUCGUCAACAACAUUGUCGCAAGGGAUGGCGGCGCUUUGUACUUGCAGACAACCAAUGCGCGUCUGGAAGACAAUGAGUACCUGCAGAACGAGGCUGGAGGAGGAGGAGGAGGAGCCAUCUUCUGGGAAGAGCAGGAGCCCGUGUUGUUGGUUGAGAACGAAGUGGAAGAAUCUAUCCUUGCAUGCGGAAGACAGCCUCAUGGAAACACUGCCAAGUAUGGACAUUGUGUUGCCUCGAGCUUUCAUCGACUGCAGCUCGAUGCCCUCGACCAUUUCUUAUAUCCUGGCCUACCCUUUUCAGUGAAGGUGACUAAGUUUGACUUCUAUGGUCAGCAGAUGACGACAGACUCUCUGACGACACUCCAAGCUCGAACUUUGAAGCUUUCAAGCAGCAGUGGCGAGGCUGUUGUCGUCGGAGCCAACACGAUGACUCUGAUAGAAGGGACAGCUGUCGCGGAUAUCUCUCUGAAGCUCAACUUUGUCCAAGCUGAAGGCUCCGUUCCAGCUCAGCCACAAGGGGCUCCAGCCCUGGAGGUGUUUGGGUUGGACUCAUUCUCUGACCUCGCGAUUCGCUCCAACCCUCUGCAAGUCAAAGUCUCGCCGACAAUCUGUCCUGUCGGGUAUGUCCUCAAGACUGACGGCCCCAAGUUUCCUACCCUAGCAGUCUGCGACAAGUGCUCUCCCGACUCCUACGCCCUGCAGGCCUUCACGGGGACCAACAGCAGCGAUCUCGCCUGUCUUCGUUGUCCGCAUGGGAUACGAUGCGACGGGGGGGACGCGAUCGCGAAUCAAGCCGGCUUCUGGUUCAACCGCAGCAUCCUCACACAUCCUGGCGGAAAGACUUUUCUAAGAAGCCAUCGAUGCGCUGAGGGCUGCUGCUUGUCUGAUUUCACGUGCAAGGGAGGGCAGGAGGGUCGGCUCUGCGCUAUUUGCAUCACAACGAGCAAAGACGAAGACUACUUCUGGGCCUUGUCAAGUCGCGAUUGCAAGAAAUGCAAAAAGAACAUGUCAGGAGUCAGAAUUUUUAUCUUAGUGUUGGUGCUGAGGGAGAGCAGGACAAGCUUCUUCUUGCUUCCCCUCUUCCGACAUCUCAACAUCGCCCAGGCUCUCACUGAGGAGGUCGAAAAGUUGACGAGGAAGCUCUCGAGUCGGAUCGAGGAGAGAACGGCACUGAAGAACAUUCAAGAGUCGCUUAGCAAGCAUCGUUCAAAGAUUGGAUACCUCAAGAUAUUGAUUGGCUUUGCGCAAGUCUCUUCGAGUCUUGUCUCGAUCUACAACAUCCAGUGGCCUGAUUUGAUAGCUCGCCUGCUGUCAAACAUUGCAUUCGUCAGCUUAGACUUUAUCUCCUUGCCUCAGAUUUCUUGCGCGGCCUCGGAAUUAUCCUUCGAGGACAAACUGCUUCUAUACACGCUCGCACCGUUCGCUCCUAUCCUUCUUCUUUUCCUUCCAUAUGCCAUCACAGUGCUCUAUAACAGGCUGAGAUCGAUAACUGUCUCCGAGAUUCUGCUCUACAAGUUCAUGUUUUGGAGUUUGUUUUUUGUCUACGUCGUCUACAUCCCCGUCUCAUCGAUGGUAUUGAGUACCUUCCUCUGCCAAGACCUCGAGGACGACGGUAACUGGCUCGUCAGAGACUUUCGAGUGCCUUGUCCUCGAUCAUCGGGGAGCUUCGCGUAUGGCUGGGCGAUAUUCACGACCUGCGUCUACCCCGCCGGAUUUCCUCUCCUCAUCCUCCUCAUCCUGUACCAGCUCAAAGUGCCGCAGCUGGCUCGAGCAAAGCAGGAGUUUGCCUUCUUCGAGACCCUAGGAAAGAUGCAGGUAAUGGAGGGAUCCAAGAAUCAGUGGCAAGGGAAGGAGAGCGAAUGGAGGAGGAAGUGGGACGUAUCAGUCUUCGAUCAGCUGGACAUGUCUGACUUGUUGUAUCUCAAAAAGCUGCUUCAAAGGAUCCUUGAAGAUAUGAUCGGCUUUCAUUCAUGGACCGUCAUGCAGAAUCUGGAAGAAGCGGCAGGGGAAGGUGCCUUCGAACUUGGAGUACAAGCUAUAGAAAGUGCUGAGGAAAUUAUGAAGCCUGAAGAGAUGGAGAGAGAGAAGGAGAGAGAAGAGAGGGAGAGGGAGAGGGAGAGGGAGGACGAACAGUUCAAGCAAACUCGAUCUCAUGACUUACAAGCCCUCGAUGUUGGAAGUGCGAAUGAAAGCAACGCUGCGAUGCAAUACCGGACGACUCCCAAGUCAAGCACGUCAAGCACGCUUCGAGAGGACGCAAAGAAGAAGGGGGACAAUUCCCUUGCAGAUGCUCAGGAGGAGAAGGAGGCGAUCAAGCGUAAGGAGCAGGAGAAGUUGAUGCUGGAGCAAUCAGAGAUGGAGAGACGAGACUACGUCCGGUUCUUGUACGGAGAGGUCUUGAAGCACGAGCUGAUCCAGCUACCAAAGCUUCAAUGGUCAAACAACUUCCUCACAAACGACAAGAAGUCACAGAUGCUUGAGCAGGAGCACGAUGAGAAUAACAAGAUGAAGGAGAAGGAUGACUUCGAGCAGCAGGAAGAGCGCGCCCUUCACAUUGCUGGUUUUCUCUUCUCGAUGUAUGAAGUGAAGUUCUGGUGGUUCGAGGUGUUCGAGCUGUUGAGACGUCUUCUCACGUGCAUCAUCAUCAGCUUCUUCUUCACCGGCACAAUCUUCCAGGUCGUCGUCGGCCUCAUGCUCUUGUUCUUGUCCCUGGCUGCUCACAGCAGCCUCAAACCCUUCCAAGACAUCUCGCAAGACAACAUGAUGUUCUACGCUCUCGUCGCUAACUUUGCGACGCUGCUCUAUGGGAUCAGCUUGAGGCUGAUGGCUGUAGAGGAGCUGCGGAUCGAUUCCACCUCCUACGAGCUUGACCUCGCUCAGGCAGCUCUUGUCACUGCCAACAUCUUCGUCGUUGUCUUCCCUGUCGUUCAGACGCUACUCGACAUUUACGGCGCGGCUAUGGUGCAAUGGUCAGGGCGCCUGAAGCAGCUGAUGAAGCAGCAGCUCUCCAGAGCUGGCACUAACAUGGCGGCAGCUCUGAGCACGUUGCUGUCUCGCUUUCAGAUCUCCAUGGCGAAAUCACGGGAGGACUCUCCGAGUGCCGCAUGA